CAGAUGGGGAAGGCUGCUGGUGGAAAGUGGCAUCUUCAGCCGAUAGGGCUGCAGAGAAAAGGACCAAAGCUGCCGUCACGCUGAAGCGCCACAGGUAGCCUCGUUCCGGACGGACCCUUCUGGCACUUGACCAUUUUGCAGUGGAAUACCGGAAACGCGCAAAUCUGGGUUUGAAACAAUGAGCUCGGUAGCUGUGUUAACACCCGAGAGCUUUGCUGAGCACCGCAGCGGCCUGAGGGACGAAGAAGCACGAGGUGGUGUCCCGGAGGAUGAGGCCUACAUCCCCACUUAUCUGGAAGCUUUCCCACCACUUCCUGAAAAGGGAGCCCCGGGGGAGAAAUCCAGUGAGCUGACAGGAGUAUGGAACAAAAUUCGGCCUAUCAAAUCCUCCAUCAUCACCCAGGUGUUUCAUGUCCCCCUGGAAGAGCGACGCUACAAGGACAACAGCCAGUUCGGAGAAGGUGACGAGGCCAAGGUGUGCGUGGACAUCAUGCAGAAAACCGGGGCUCACAUUGAGCUCUCCUUGGCCAAAGACCAGGGCCUGUCCAUCAUGGUGACUGGAAAACUGGACUCCGUCAUGAAAGCGCGGAAGGAAAUCGUCGCUCGGCUUCAGACCCAGGCUUCAGCUACUGUCACAAUCCCCAAGGAACACCAUCGCUUUGUGAUCGGCAAGAACGGCGAGAAACUGCAGGAGCUCGAGCUGAAGACGGCCACCAAGAUCAACAUCCCGCGGCCUGAGGACCCCAGCAACCAAAUCAAGAUCACGGGCACCAAAGAAGGCAUCGAAAAAGCACGGCACGAGAUCUUGCUCAUCUCGGCCGAGCAGGACAAGCGGGCGGUGGAGCGCCUGACCCUGGAGAAGGCCUUCCACCCCUUUAUUGCCGGAGCCUUCAACAAAGUGGUCCAGGAGAUCAUGCAGGAGACGGGGGCCCGCAUCAACAUCCCACCACCCAGCGUCAACAAGGAUGAGAUCAUCAUCACGGGCGAGAAGGAGCCCGUCUCACAGGCCCUGCUGCGCAUCCGCAAGAUCUACGAGGACAAGAAGCGCAAGACGACCACCAUCUCCGUGGAGGUGAAGAAGUCCCAGCACAAAUACAUCAUCGGCCCCAAGGGCAACACCCUGCAGGAGAUUCUGGAUACCACCGGGGUCUCCGUGGAGAUGCCGCCCCUCGAAAGCAGCUCGGAAACCAUCAUCCUCCGGGGCGAGCCCGACAAGCUGGGCCCAGCCCUGACUCAGGUCUAUGCCAAGGCGAAGAGUGUGAUGGCAGCUGAGGUAACGGCCCCAGCCUGGUUACAUCGUUUUAUCAUCGGAAAAAAAGGACAGAACAUUGGUAGGAUCACCCAGCAGCUCCCAAAGGUUCACAUCGAAUUCACGGACGGCGACGAGAAGAUCACGCUGGAGGGGCUUACGGAAGAGGUGGAGCUGGCUCAGGCCCAGAUACAAGAGAUCAUCCGGGACCUGCUUGGCCGCAUGGACUACACAGAAGUCCUCAUCGAUCAGCGGUUCCACCGCCACCUGAUAGGGAAGAACGGCGCCAACAUCAACCGCAUCAAGGAGCAGCACAAAGUCUCCGUCCGCAUCCCGCCCGACAACGAGAAGAGCAACCUCAUCCGGAUCGAGGGGGACCCACAGGGGGUGCAGCUGGCCCGCAAGGAGUUGCUGGAAAUGGCGGCCCGUAUGGAGAACGAACGCACCAAAGACCUCAUCAUCGAGCAGCGCUUUCAUCGGACCAUCAUUGGGCAGAAAGGUGAGAAAAUCAAGGAGAUCCGCGACAAAUUCCCAGAGGUCAUCAUCAACUUCCCCGACCCCUCGCAGAAGAGCGACAUUGUGCAGUUGCGCGGGCCCAAGAAUGAGGUGGAAAAGUGUUCCAAGUACCUCCAGAAAGUGAUUGCGGAGCUGAUCGAGAACAGCUUCUCCCUCCCGGUUCCGAUCUUCAAGCAGUUCCACAAAAACAUUAUUGGCAAAGGAGGUGCCAACAUCAAAAAGAUUCGAGAGGAAACCAAUACCAAGAUUGACCUCCCCACAGAAAACAGCAACUCGGAGGUGAUCCUCAUAACCGGGAAGAAGGCCAACUGUGAGAGUGCCCGGGGCCGCAUCCUGGCCAUCCAGAGGGAGCUGGCUAACAUAAAGGAGGUGGAUGUAUCCAUUCCGGCCAAGCUGCACAACUCGCUGAUCGGCGCCAAGGGGCGGCUGGUGCGCUCCAUCAUGGAGGACUGUGGCGGGGUGCACAUCCACUUCCCCUCCGAGGGCUCCGGCAGCGACAAGGUCACCAUCCGAGGGCCCGGCGAAGAGGUGGAGAAAGCCAAGCGGCAGCUGCUGCAGCUCGCCGAAGAGAAGCAAAUCAACAACCACUCGGUGGAGCUGCACGCCAAGCCCGAAUAUCACAAGUUUCUGAUCGGGCGAGGCGGCGCCAACAUCCGCAAAGUGAGGGACCGCACCGGGGCACGCAUCAUCUUCCCCACCCUGGAGGACAAAGACCAGGAGCUCAUCACCAUCGUGGGGAAGGAGGAGGCUGUGCGCCAGGCCCAGCACAAGCUGGAGAACCUCAUCCGGAACCUGGAUAACGUCAUAGAAGAUUCGAUGCUGGUGGAUCCGAAGUACCACCGCCACUUCGUCGCGCGCCGAGGGCACGUGCUGCGGGAGAUCGCCGAGGAGUACGGCGGGGUCACCGUGAGCUUCCCCCGCACUGGUGUGCAGAGCGACCGGGUGACGCUCAAGGGCGCGAAGGACUGCGUGGACGCGGCCAAGAGGCGGAUCCUCGACAUCAUCGGGGACCUGGAGGCUCAAGUCGUUCUGGAGUGCGUCAUUCCGCAGCGUUUCCACCGCGUCGUGAUGGGAGCCAAAGGUUACAAGGUGCAGCAGAUCACGCGGGACUACGAUGUACUGAUCAAGUUCCCGGAGCGAGAGGACAAUUCAGGUUCAGAAGCACAGUCUCAGGAAAAUGGCGACAUGAGCCCCGAGCCAGACCCGGCCCCCCGCAAAUGUGACAUCAUCUUCAUCUCGGGGCGCAAGGAGAAGUGCGAGGGGGCACGGGCAGCUCUGCUGGCACUGGUUCCCAUCAUCAUAGAUGUAGAGGUCCCCUUUGAUUUGCACCGUUACAUCAUUGGGCAGAAGGGCGCUGGCAUUCGCAAGAUGAUGGAGGAGUACGAGGUGAAUAUCUCCGUGCCUCAGCCUGAGCAGCAGUCCGACAUCAUCAAAAUCACGGGCCUAGCCUCCAACGUGGAGCGAGCCAGGGCCGGCCUCCUGGAGAGGGUGAAAGACCUGCAGGCCGAGCAGGAAGAUCGGGCACUGCGGGGAUUCAAGCUGACGGUGAGCAUAGAACCGAAGUACCACCCCAAAAUCAUCGGCAAGAAAGGGGCGGUCAUUUCCCAGAUCCGUAAGGACCAUGACGUCACCAUCCAGUUCCCAGACAAAGGCGAUGAGAAUCAGGAUCUCAUCACAAUCACUGGGUAUGAGAAAAACGCUGAGGGGGCCAGGGAUGCCAUCUUGAAAAUUGUGGCCGACUUGGAGGAGAUGGUCAGCGAAGAUGUCCAUUUGGAUCAUCGGGUCCAUGCCCGGAUCAUCGGCGGAAGGGGCAAGGCCAUCCGCAAAGUCAUGGAAGAGUUCCGGGUGGACAUCCGCUUCCCUCAGCCAGGCUCCAGCGACCCGGACCGAGUCACGGUGACGGGGCUGCCCGAAAACGUGGACGAUGCGAUCGACCACAUGCUCAACCUGGAAGAGGAAUACAUGACGGACGUGGUGGAGACGGAAACCAUGGCUGCGUACAUGAAGCCCCCGUCUCGCCUGGGGGAGGAGCCCCGGGGCCCAGCCAAGGGCUUCGUGGUGCGGGACGCCCCCUGGAAUGCCUCUGGGAACAAGGCUCCGGAUGUGAGCAGUGCCGAAGAGUUCCCCGUCUUCGGCACCGGCGUGGUCACCAAGCAGACGUCCGUCUGGGGCCCCAAGAAGUUCUGAGAUGGGGGCAGAAGGCCUGGCCAGCCUGGCUUGGCUCCUGUUGCUCCGUCGGGUGUCGUGGCACGGCUCUCCGCCGCCCUUCCUCCCGCUGUCGGGAUACGGCCGGUUCCUCGUCGUCCUUCCUGCGCUCUCUCCAUCGACUCCGUGCAAUCCAUUCACCGAUCAAAAGCCAUAGCCAGCCUCCCUCCUUUCCCCCUUUCUGUCGAGCCAAAGUUAGGCCGGGUUGUAAGCACACAAACGUAACGAGCCACCGACGGCUACUGUCCUCCCCUUUGUCCCCGUCUCUGACCCCAUCCUCCCCCUCCAUGCCAGAUUUCAGGGCAUUAAUCUCUCCCGGCCAGACUGGGCUAGAACAGCCCCGCCUCUGUAACUCCCACCGCUCAGCCAGAAAAGAAGCAGGCAAGGGUCCUUUUCCUCCCUCCCCGCCUCAUCUGCCCCUGCUCCUUGCGGUUGCGGGGCGGUUGCAUGUUUCACACACCCAGAACUACCAGAGGAGCCCGUGUCCUGGGACUCUACCGAGGCCUAAGGACGGGCUGACUUGCCGUGUGGCUACCCCAAGACCCCUUCGUCCCCCUAAGCCUGCUAGCCAGACCUUCUGCCUUGGGCUGCUGGUCCUUCAAGACUGCAAAGAGUCCCUCUCCCAGGAGAUACCAUUGGAUUUGGAGCUGCACCAUUAGGAUUAGGAAGGGCCAUCUUGGCGCAGUGGGUAUGGAUAUCCAGGGGUAAGAUUUCUGGCUCCCUACAGCUGGAAGAAACACGUUAAGAGCAGGUAGCACUUAGAAACUUUGGCAACGAGCAGGCGUCUGUCUGCUCUCCCCACCCCACAUCCACGGCACAGCGCAGAGUCUGUGGUUCGGUUCCUCCCCAUUUUCAUUCCUGACCCUCUUUUUAUUGCCCUCCUGCAUCCCUUCCGUAUUUCUUCCUCCAAGUUGCACUUGCUUUGAAUCAUUAGGUGAAAAUAUGCAACACUGAACAAAGAGACAGAUGCUAUUUCCUUUUUCUUUCAGUUUCUAGUUCUCAUAUUUUCCAGAUUUUAAACUGUGACUUCUGGAGAGAGAGAGAGAAUGUGUGUGUGCUUGUUGUGUGUGCUUGUGUGUGUGCGCUUGUGUGUGUGUGUGCGAAAAAGGGAUGGAAGUGAGCACCGAAGCUCCACCCACGCCCAUUGCCGUGUCUGCACAAGGCAAAAACCAGAAGCUGUAGUCAGUCGAACAAUGUAACCAAGAUGUAUUUUUGUUUUGUUUCGUUUCGUUUUUUUUCUGAAGACAAGAUUGUGGGGAGAAAUAAAAAGAAUUCACAAAAAGCGGAGAACACUAUUGGCCUUAAAAAAAAAAAAAAAAAAAAAGGAGAGAAGGAAAAAGAGUUUAAGCUGGAUUAAGGAAAUAUGCAAACUCUGUAGGUCACGUAGUGACUGGACUUUUCUAAUUCCAAAUAAAAAUGGAGUGGGAAAACGC